AUGGAAUCUGGCCAAGAGAAGGAUAUGGCAAGGGAGGAAGGGCCCACUGCACCUAAUGAAGUGGUGAACAAUGUUGCUGAGAUUGACCUCAAUCAAGAUGAGGCAAUGGCUGACCUUGAGUUGGAUAAUAUUGAGGACCUGGACCGGGACUUUGGAGAUGAGCAUAACCAUGGUGAAGCUGAGAACCAUGAUGAAGCUGAGAACCAUGAUGAAGCUGAUAAUCAUGGUGAAGCUGACAACCAUGGGGAAGAGGAUAACACCGGUGAAAAGGAGAACACUGGUGAUGAAAAUGACUUCACCGAGGGUGAAGGCAUGAGUUAUCCUAUCUCCGAGGAGAUUGUCCAACUCCAGGCUAAAGUGGCAACUCAGAAUAUCACCAUCCUGCAGCAGCAGACGUCCAUUGAUGGACUCAAGAAGCAUACUCAGAACCUUGAGGCUGAUCUGUGCAUUGCCACGAAGGAGGUUACUGACUUCCGUCGCAGCCUGGGCACUAAAAAGCGCCAGAUUGAGUGGCUUCAGAAGACUUGCACUAAUCUGCAAGCAUCAUUCAACAAGCUCCAUGACCAGUUCAAAGAGCUUAGGAGGGAGGGCAUUUACCAGCCUCCUCCUGGGCAUAGGCCCGCUCCUGCUGCUCAGCCGGCAUCCGCUCCGCCCGCACCUACGCCAGCGCAGGGACCGUUUGAAUGGCCAGAGUUCUUCACCGCGCUGAAAGAGGCAUUCAUGGUCAAGAAGUCCGACCUGGAACUGCGCGGACGCCUUGAGAGUAUCAAGUGUCGUGACCGUUCGGUGCAGGAAUAUGCGGUCGAGUUUGAAGCCGCAGCACGCUCGCUCCAUAAGCCUUUGUCUGAGGAGGAGAUGAUGCACGUCUUCAUGAAAGGCCUCUUUGUCAUGACCAAUUGGACGACCUACAAGGAGAUGAAGGAGCAGGUGAUCAAAACUGACAACAUCAUUCGCACGUACAUCCAUGGUCCUGCAAAGCCAGACCAGCAGCCCCGUGCUGAGGGCUCUGGUGGUCGUGGAAACCGACCCCAGAAUGCCAACAGCAGAGGCGGUUGGAACAAGCGACCCUUCCAGCAGCGUGAUCACCAGCCUGGACCACAGGCCAAGAGGGCUAACGGGGGGGAAGGUCAUGGCCCUAACAAGCCCGACUUCUCCAAGAUGAGGUGUAACGGCUGUGGAAGGAUUGGACACAUCAAAAAGCACUGCCGUGACAAGAACGCUAUCAAGUAUUCAGGGAAGCCUAAGCCAGGCGGCGCUGGACCUUCUGGAAAGAAGGAUUUUCAGAAGCCCAACUAG